UCCGGGGACCUGGGAUUCUGGCCUGAGAAUUCAGGCCUCCGGCGGGGGCCGAGAUGGAGGCUGCAGGCGCUCCAGACACUCUCCUUUCCGGGGCUUGCGUGCUUUUCACCCUCUGCAUGUUUUCUACCGGCCUGUGAGAACCGAACUGGGGCUGGGGGCUGGAGCCUAGAAGGCCCCGAGGGGGAAGUGAAGCCUGGGAUGAGGCCCCAGCUCGGACCUCCGGCACAUGCAGACCACCCGGAGUGUGAACAAUAUCCAGUUCCUGCCCUUUCUCACCACGGAUGUCAACAACCUAAGCUGGCUGAGUUACGGGCUACUCAAGGGAGACAAGACGCUCAUCGCAGUGAACGCAGUAGGAGCCUUGCUUCAGACCCUCUACAUUCUGACAUAUCUUCGCUACUGUCCGCGAAAGCGUACUGUCCUCCUCCAAACUGCUGCCCUGUUGGGUCUUCUUCUCCUGGGCUAUAGCUACUUCCAGCUCCUGGUGCCUGAUUGGACAUCCCGGCUGAGGCAGCUGGGCCUCUUCUGCAGCAUCUUCACCAUCAGCAUGUACCUCUCACCCUUGGCUGACUUGGUCAAGAUCAUUCAGACCAAGUCCACUCAAUGCCUGUCCUUCUCCCUCACUGUGGCUACCCUCCUUGCCUCCGCCUCCUGGACUCUCUAUGGUUUCCGCCUCAGAGACCUCUACAUUAUGGUGCCCAACAUACCAGGUAUUCUCACUAGCUUGAUACGCCUGGGGCUUUUCUGGCAAUACCCCCAGGUUCAAGAAAAGAGCUACGGCCUUCUCCAGACCUGAGAAUGGUGGAGGGUAUAGCAUACCUUUCCUUUCACCUGUCACGUUGGUGCCAACCUGUUGCCAAAGACUCUCCCACCCAAUCUUUUCAGCUAUGCCUCCUUGCUCAACCUCCUUAGACAAGAUGAGGUGGAGUGGAAGAGGAAGGGACUUCUUGGAAUGCAGAGGGUCCAAAAUUAGGGCUUUUUAUUUGGGAUUUUCAUUUUUAUUUUUUAGAGAGAUUAUUUUUUUAAUGUGGGGUUGGGGUAGUAUUGAGUUCCAUUCUGUGCCUUAUAAUAAACUAUCACAUACAUAUAUCUUUCCUCUGCACUCCUCAGUCUGUUCUUUGCAGUUCCACCAAAUUGGGUUGGGAAAUAAAGAAUUUAUCUGUUGUCUAGAAAAGGGGAUGAUGGGUGAAGAUAUCAGAAUGGAGUGUUAGGAGAAGGUUUAAGAAAGUGAGAGGCACAGAGGAAGAAGGCAGACACUAGAGUAGUUAACAUAUAAAACUAGACUUUGGGACAACCUCUAAUAAGGAGACAUCUGAAGGGGAAAGGGACACUGCAGGGGGUGAUUUAAGUCCCAUCCUGGAAAAUAAUGAAAGGAGGAGAAUCUUAUUCAACUCUUGGUCUAUAUUAUGAGGCUUUCUGGUGGUUGAUAGAAUGGUCAGGAAGGUCCAUGACUUAACAAAUUAUGCCUCCAAGCUGCAAAGACUCUUCCCUUUGGUAUAGAUAGCAGCCCAUGCGUUACUGCUCAAUGUUCUGCAAAAGGCAUCCGAGGCCUAUUUCUAGGUCUUUUAGCUUUUAAUGGGUACAACACAGGCUGCUCAUCAUUUAUGAAAUAAGGACUCAAUUACAUGGCCUUUGAAGUCCUUUCUAGCUACAUCUAAUGGCACAGGGAAAGGUUUGUGAACUUGGAUGGGGGGGGAAAUGACAUUUUAAUUUCCAGUCCCCUUUGGUUUCCCUUUGUAAUCUUAUGUAUUUUACUAUAUGUAUUUAGAAAUUUUUUUUCUAAGGAGCCCAUAGGCUUCACCAGACUGCCAAGCGGAUCUAUGAUUCAGAAUUAAGAUUAAGGGCCCCUAGGAGGCAGGUAGGUGG